AUGGGAGCCGGCGGCCGCGGUUCGCUCGACAGGCGGGGCUCGCUCGACGUCGCCGACACGAGGGUGCGCCUCAAGCUCGUCGGGGCGCAGGGCUUCCAGCGCCACAACCACAACCCGAGGUCGGACCGGUUCGAGAUCCUGGGCUUCCACCACGUCGAGUUCUGGUGCAGCGACGCCACCAACACCCACAAGAGGUUUAAUUAUGGAAUGGGCAUGGACGUGAUCGCGAAGUCGGACAUGUCGACGGGCAACCACGAGUGCGCGAGCUACGUGGUGCGGUCCGGCGACGUGACCUUCGCGUUCACCGCGCCGUACUCCCUGGACGCCCCGCGCCCAGACAACAACGCGGGCGCGCCGCUCCCGGGCUACGACGCGGCGUUCGCGCACAAGUUUGUGUCGCGGCACGGGCUGGCCGCCCGCGCCAUCGGGCUGCGCGUGGGCGACGCGAAGCAGGCGUUCGAGGCCGCGGUCGCGCACGGCGCGAUCGCGGUGCAGGAGCCCACGACGCUGAGCGCCAAGGCCGGCUGGAACGGGAGCGUGCAGGUGGCGGAGAUCAUCAUCUAUGGGGAGACGGUCCUGCGGCUGGUGUCCGGGGACUGCGACGGCGGCGCGUUCCUGCCCGGGUACGAGCCGGUCGACAACCCCGUGAAGACGACGGACUUCCAGUUCGAGCGCAUCGACCACUGCGUCGGCAACGUGUGGGAGCUCAUCCCCGCCGCCGAGUACCUCGCAAACGCCACGGGGAUGCACGAGUUCGCCGAGUUCACCGCCGAGGACGUGGGGACCGUGGACUCCGGGCUGAACUCGAUGGUGCUCGCGAGCAACUCGGAGAUGGUGCUGCUGCCGAUCAACGAGCCCACGUCGGGCACGCGUCGCAAGAGCCAGAUCCAAACGUACCUGGAGCAGAACAGCGGGCCGGGGCUGCAGCACAUCGCGCUGAAGACCAAGGACAUCUUCUACACGCUGCGCGAGAUGCAGGAGCGCUCGUACGUCGGCGGGUUCGAGUUCAUGCCGCGCCCCGAGCACGGGUACUACGAGCGCCUCCCGGGGCGUAUUGGCGAGGGCGUGCUCACGCCCGACGAGAUCCGGCAGUGCGAGGAGCUCGGCGUGCUCGUCGACCGCGACGACCAGGGCGUGCUGCUGCAGAUCUUCACGCGCCCGCUCGGCGACCGCCCGACGGUGUUCAUCGAGGUCAUUCAGCGCCUGGGGUGCAUGCGGGAGGAGAGGGACGAGGCGACGGGGGAGGUGGUCGAGGUGCAGAAGGGCGGGUGCGGGGGCUUCGGGAAGGGCAACUUCAAGGAGCUCUUCAAGUCGAUCGAGGAGUACGAGAAGACCCUCGACGUCUGA